AUGCUAUGCGAAGUUUUAGAGCGCACUGUUACGCAAAUACUGCGACGGGCGCGUGUCCCCCUGACAGCAAAGCGGAUCUCUGACGCUUUGGGCGGAGUCGUAUCAGUUGACAAUAUUGCUGAGGUCUGCCUGAAACUGAUGGCGGAUGGUGUCAUGAUGAAGUGGGGCGACAACGCCUAUGUUUUGAAAUCCAUGAGCCGCAUUGUGUCUCGCAACCUCCUUAUCACAGAAGAAUACCAGGCGCUUGGCAUGACACUUCUCCGCGUUGCCGAAAAGACGCUGGUACAUUACAUACCACAGGAGGCGGAGCACCGUUUUUUUGAGGUCCGCAAGUCAAUGAUUAGUGACAAGGCUGGCCUUGGGCUCUUCCUACGUUCGUCAAGGGCACUACGGCAGGGUGCUGUGAUUUGUGAGUACGUUGGUCGAGUGUUUCACCGUCUGCCCAAGAACUCCAGUCAGGGUGUCUACACUGUGAAGCUGCGAACCGCACCCAUUUAUGUGGAUGGGGUAGAUGAGAAUGGUAGCCACCUCUCGCUGGCGACCUUUAUCAACGACAACGGGCCAGCUGCCGCCAAUGUUGAAAUGCGGGAAUACGAUAUGCACCCUGGCCGUGUGUUUGUUGUCGCGAGCCGAGACCUUGUCCCGGGGGAGGAGGUUUUGUGUACAUACGGUUCGAGGUACUGGGGUUUCUCCUCCUAUGAUGAGAUUCUGCAGAAUCGGCAAGACGUGUCUCGUAAACGAAAACGCCACAACGAUGAUGACCCAAGCGGGAGUGAGGAGGACGACUUUCGGGAUUUUGUUUUCCCCUGCAGACGGUGCGGGGAACAGAUGCCUAGGCGGCUGAUGUCGCUUCACCACCGUACGUGCGGGGACCACUUGGUUCAUCAAAAGUUGCUCCAUCUGAACUAUUUGCCCUUCAACGACUCCACCGCGAUGGAGAACAGGAGCAAAGUAUUGCCGACAGGGCGGCUACGGGUGCUACGACGGGCGAAACAUUUCGUGGACCUGGAGGACCCACAAACCUUUGCUUUGUCUCAUGAGGACGUAGUUGGGGACCUCAUUUUCUCAUGGUCUCCUACCUAG